AGCGUUGGGUUGCGCGUCGCUUUUUUCUGACAGUUUUUUUGAUAGCACGUGUUGUGGCCGGUUUUUUCACGCAUUUCGCCUAAACUAAGUAUAAAAAUGAAUAAUUUGCUUCGAGUUGCGUCCAGACUCAGCUUCAAGACGCUCCUGAGUCCGGUUAAAAAAGUGUCCAACACUUUCCAGCAGCGGCAACUUGCGCGCAAUCUUUGGUACAUGUGCAAUCGCAAUGAGUCCGAAAACAAACUGAGCAAGUUGUGCACUUGUGGGUGCAUGAGCAGGCACCAGCAUGCACACAGUAAAGCCGAACGUGAACUGGUUGAGUUUCUCACUGAGGAGAUUGUCCUGGAGAGGAAGGCCCAGAAGUCGGUGACGCUUCCAGCCGAGCUUGAGGGUUUUAAAGUGGGGUUGAACGGGUCUGAAGUCACUUUGAACAAAAAAGUUGAAAAUGAAACGAUAAAAAUUACUUUCAAUGUGAACCACACAGUAGACUCUGAUGAACUACCUAAAGUGGAUUCGACGAUGGACAAUCCAGAAUUUGGAGAAUUAAAGUCAAAGCCUGAAUUUCGAAUUGAAAUUGUGCGAGGGUCGACCACUUUCAGUGUUUUGUGCUCAUUUUUAGAAAGUGAUGAGCAAGAGGAAGAUUCUAAUGACAUAUUUAGAGUCGAUGAGAUCAGUUUGUACGAUGGGACAUGGAAUGAAAAUGUUUAUGCAGUAGCAUCAGACGUUUUAGAUACCUAUUUGUAUGACCUUAUCCUUAACUAUUUGGAGGAAAAGGGAAUCUCUAACGAAUUUGUUGGAAAAUUAUCAGAUUUCAGCACAUCUUAUGAGCACUCGGCUUACAUUGGUCUUUUAGAAGGAUUAUCAAAGUUCGUUUCUGGGAAGUAAUCAGAUUAAGUAUGUAACAUAAUAUAAUCACUAGGUCUAAAGUUUUUGUUCAAUAAACAUUACACGUCAUUUUAACUACGUAAAAA